CUCGUCCCCGUCCCUCAGGCAGACAUGUCGAUGUCCGACUACUCCCUCGAGAAGGACAAUGCCAGCGGGAGCGGCAUCGACGUCGAGUCCCCCGCCGCCGCCGCUGCCCCCGCAGAGUUCCAGCGCCCGACCGGGCUCAAGGGCUUCUACUACAACCCCGUCGUUCAGGUGUUCAUGCUCGGCUUCGUCUGCUUCAUGGGCCCCGGGCUGUUCAACGCGCUGAACGGCCUCGGCGGCGGCGGGCAGCUGAGCACGACGACGAGCGCGAACGCGAACGUCGCGCUGUAUGCGACCUUUGCGUUCACCGCAUUCUUUGCCGGCUCGAUCAACAAUGUGCUCGGCCCCCGCCUCACCCUCCUCCUCGGCAGCAGCGGCUACGCCCUCUACAUCGGCUCCUACCUAACCGUCAACAUCCACCCGAAGGCGGGUGCCUUCGUCAUCGCCGCCGGCGCCGUCCUGGGCAUCUGCGCCGGGCUGCUGUGGACGGCCCAGGGCUGCCUCAUGCUGGCGUACCCCAUCGAGAGCCAGAAGGGCGCGUUCAUCGGCAUCUUCUGGACCAUCUUCAACCUCGGCGGCGUCGUCGGCGCGUCCGUCUCGCUCGGCCAGAAUUUCCACUCGACUGCAAAUGCAGUCGGGAACGGUACCUACAUCGGUUUCCUCGUCCUCACCUGCAUUGGCGUGCUUAUCCCAAUGCUGAUGGCCAACCCCGACAAGAUGCGCCGGUCGGACGGCACCAAGGUGAUGACGCUCCGCCACCCCUCCUGGAAGACCGAGUUCUACGGCCUCUGGAUCACCCUCCGCACGGACCCCACCAUCAUUCUUUUGUUCCCGAUGUUCUUCGCCAGCAACUGGUUCUACACCUGGCAAUUCAACGACUACAACGCCGCGCUCUUUACGAUCCGUGCGCGCGCGCUCAACAACCUCGUGUACUGGCUAGCGCAGAUCGUGGGCUCCGUCAGCAUCGGCUUCCUCCUGGACCAGAGGGCGCUGACCCGCCGCUUCCGCGCGUUCGCGGGGUGGACCGCGCUUUUCCUCAUGGUCUUUGUCGUCCACAUUUGGGCAUACUUCUACCAAAAGAACUACACCCGCGCUACCAUCGCGCUGGAGGCACAGGACGACGACAAGAUCGACAUCUACGACAAGCCGUAUGUCGGCCGGGUGUUCCUGUACAUCAUCUGCGGCAUGCUCGAUGCGAUGUGGCAGACGACCGCGUACUGGAUCAUGGGCGCCAUGUCGAACGACCCCGCGAAGCUCGCCAACUUGACUGGAUUCUACAAGUCUCUCCAGUCUGCCGGCGCGGCGGGCAUCUGGCGUGGAGACGCCGUGAGUCUCCCGUACAUGAACAUCUUUGUCUCCACAUGGGCGCUCCUCGUCGGAGGUCUUGUCUUCGCGCUCCCGAUGAUCUUCAUGCGUGUCAGAGACCACACCGAGCCAUCAGACGAGAUCGACAACAUCCUUGCAAACCUAGAAACGCCGGCAGCGCCCAACGCAGGACCUGAACGAAAGACGAACUCGACCUGAAAGCGGCGAUAUACCUGGCUGUUGGAGAGCUCACCUUGGAUCCCGAUACCCUGUUGUUGUUGUUGUUGUUGUUGUUGUUGCACUACACCACCCUUCUGUAGCUCUUGUUAUACAGCAAAACCAAUAUUGAUAGACCUCCCCUUGCGAAGUAUACACUUUGGCAAAGUGGGACAGAAGCUCGCGGCAGGA